AUGAACAGGUCGACUCAGACUACCCGAGGCAAUUCCAUGUCUGUUCAGAUUAAGAGACCAUUUCCAUUUGCCGCCUUGCCACUUGUCGAUGCUGAGCGCCUGCAGGAACUUGGAAUUCUGACACUUAUGUCCUGCUGGUUCUGGCCUGCCUCUAUCUUCUUCUUUCCGUAUAUGCUUCGAAUUUUCACUGGUCUCCUUACCGCUGUGACACUUAAUUGUCAUCCACUGUCGAUACCCGCUGAUCCGUUAGUCCUGCGUAAUGGUAGCACUUGCCUUGCCAAAUUGGAUCUGGCAGGUCAAAGUAGCACUGCGGACUGCACGAAUAUGCUAGGCUGCGCUUUAUUGUAA